UUGGCGCAGUUCGGUGGUGAGUGAGACCAAUAGCACCUGGAGUCGGCGCACCAUGAGUGAUGAGGUGCAGAAGGCCCAGGCAGCAAAGCCAGUGCCAGGACCCACCAUCUUUGACAAGAUCAUUGACAAGUCAAUCCCUGCUGACAUAAUUUAUGAGGAUGAACAGUGCCUGGCGUUCCGUGAUAUAAAUGCCCAGGCACCGGUCCACUUCCUAGUCAUACCGAAGAAGCGUAUUGGUGCCCUCUCUGAGGCUGAAGAUGCUGAUGAAAAGCUUCUCGGACAUCUGAUGCUGGUUGCCAAGAAGACUGCUGCACAGGAGAAACUGGAAAAGGGAUUCCGACUGGUGAUCAACAAUGGACCGGACGGUGCGCAGUCGGUGUACCACCUGCACCUGCACGUGCUAGGCGGCCGCCAGAUGGGCUGGCCGCCCGGCUAGCGCCCUCUCCGUGUGCCUCCGACGCCCGGGCACAAGUCACCUGCAAUGCCUAUUCAGCCGGCCUUUAUUGGAAACGUUCAAUAAAGACGAAUAAAAUAGCCAA